CACCGGGCAAGAUGGCGGCGCCCAGGCGGUGAGGGGAGAGGGCGGCCGGGAGCGGCGCCGCGGCCAUGAGCGCUGCCCGCCGCUGCAGCCCGGCCCGGGCGCUGGCAGGACUAUUUGUCUGGCGUCUGAAGAACACUAGAAUACGGCAGAUACCAUGCCAGUUCGUACAGCUUUGCCAUGUAGGCAAUGACAGAUUGAUUACAUUUCAGUACUUUAACUUUCUCAAACGAAUGUAUGUAACACAAUGCAACAAAGACCUCAGCCAACGAGCCAAGCCUAAGUCUGAUUCAGUUGCAUCUCCUUUUCGUGAGCUUCAGCAACUGGAUCAAGAAAAAAAGGUUAUACACAAGAUUAGACCAAUUUCACCUGUGCAUCAACCUUUGUCUGAGGCAUCAGUCAGCAAGGAGUUGAGAGAAGUGAAGUCAACUGCACAAACUGAAGGCUCUGUUGCAGCAGUAAAAGCAGAAGCCAAAGGAGACAGACAGUGGAAAGAGAUGAAGUUACGUCUGGAUGAUUUGCCAGGAAUUUUGGCACGUUUGUCCAAGAUUAAACUUACAGCUCUGGUUGUAAGCACAGCAUCUGCUGGCUUUGCCAUGGCCCCGGUCCCAUUUGACCUGACCUGCUUCCUGCUCGCAUCCCUUGGAACUGGACUGGCAUCCUGUGCUGCCAACUCCAUCAAUCAGUUCUUUGAGGUUCCGUUUGACUCAAAUAUGAACAGGACAAAAAACAGACCACUGGUGCGAGGACAGAUCAGCCCUCUACUCGCUGUCUGCUUUGCUGCCUCCUGUGGAGUCCCAGGAAUUGCCCUGCUGACACUGGGGGUAAACCCUCUCACUGGAGCCUUGGGAGCCUUCAACAUCUUCCUGUACACGUGUUGCUACACACCCAUGAAGAGAAUGAGCAUUGCCAACACGUGGGUAGGAGCUGUUGUCGGGGCCAUUCCCCCCGUCAUGGGCUGGACGGCAGCUACUGGUAGUCUCGAUGCUGGUGCAUUGCUGUUAGGAGGAAUCCUCUACUCCUGGCAGUUUCCUCACUUCAAUGCCCUGAGCUGGGGUCUGCGGGAAGAUUACUCCCGAGGAGGAUACUGUAUGAUGUCUGUCACCCAUCCAGGGCUGUGCAGGCGGGUGGCUCUGCGCCACUGCUUGGCCUUAAUCGGACUCUCAACGGUGGCUCCUGUUCUCGACAUCACCACGUGGACUUUCCCCAUCAUUUCGCUCCCUAUCAACCUCUACAUCUCCUACCUCGCCUUCCGGUUCUACAGGGAUGCAGACCGCAGCAGCUCCAGGAAGCUCUUCUUCUGCAGCCUGUGGCAUUUGCCAAUGCUGCUGCUUGUCAUGUUCACGUGCAAGAAAUCGCUCCUAGAGAAGGAAGACAAAGGCGAUCUGCUUGGUGAAAGUCAUGGGAGGGUGAUGGAGAUCAGAUUGCCUUAAAUGUCAAUUACUUGUCAUCCUUGUGACACAUCAGGUAGUGUAUUUUAAUGAUUACAAGGGGGAAACCUGAGGGGAUCUGCUUGAAGAAGACUCAUUUGUGCCUGGCAACCACUUCAUGCGAUAACUGUUUUCUUUUGAAAGGGAAUAGACCGGAGAGCUUAAGGCAUUCACGGGCCUCAGGCCCCUUCACUCAUCACGGGUUAUGAUUUAGCCGAUGUCACAAGCACAUCACUUUGGGAUGGCCUUCCAAAGCCUCCAUGAGCCAUGGUCUCUCAUCUCGUGAGUAGGUUUUCACUUAGCAAGUCACAAUGCGCACACUAAUGGCCAGCACUGGCAGCCUUGGCAAAGCCAUCAGGCAGCGACACAUGAAUGAUUACCCCUGCUUCCCAAUCAUCCUUUCCAAAUUCAGCUUUGAGGCACGUGGUGGGUUGGGCAAACUCUUCUUGCCUUGAUCUGUGCCAUCCCCACUUUGAUAUUACAUGGAAGCCUUCAGUUCCUGAGGCUUUUUGGUUACUUUUCCCAAGGUUCCCAUUCACCCCAGUAGAUUGCAGCUUUCAUAGAGCUGGCACAAUGCUUACUGAGUAAGGAAAACACUCAGCACACCACACAUCAGCAUUUAACCAGCCUCCAAAUAAACAGCUCUUCUCUAAUGUAUUCCUUUAACACACUGAGCCAUUCUGCUGUACAUCCAUAGCAGGGAAUUUCAGCCUCCCAUGUGCUUUUAUGUCAUUGGAGUUUGAGCCCUGUGUGUCAGAUCUUUAGCUGGUAAAAAUGCCCAUUACUGCUUAUGUCAGUGAAGCUCUGAAAAGGUAGAGGUGAGAACCAGAUCUGAGAGUCUGAUAGUUUGAGGGCUUUUCUAUGCUGAUGUGUCCUGUGCCAGUCCACUCAACCUCAGUGUCCUUGGAUGAGCUCUGGACUUGCAUCAAGAGUAUGAAUUGUAUUCGGUAUCCCACUGUGGUGGCUUAGAGAGAAGGCUUCACUGUGAGGGUAUGUAAUUGGUAAGGAAACACAUUUUACAGGAGAAAAGCUGGGUUUUUUGAAUCUAAUAGUAAAAUGUUCAAAUUGCUGAUGGAGCCAGUGUCUCUCCAAAGCAAUUACUGUGGAUGGUCUCACUAAGAAGCGCAUUAUCUUUGUUAACUGAUACACUGAAGAACAUUUCUAGCCACACUCUCGUGUGCUUGUGAUCCCAGCACGGGGCUGUGGCUUGCCCUCAGCCUACCUGAGGCUGGCUGUGCCCUGCUGGGAUGCUUCCAAGCACAGUAGCACCCAGGGUAGACAAAGACUGUGUUAUUGUGGUAAUUAAUGCCUGUUAUGACUUGAUGUGUUUUCACGCCAAGAUUUCUUUCCCAUGUGGAGAGGGACUGGGCAGCACGGCCGUGCAUCAACCCAAAGAUACAGCAACAGGAGACACCGUCUCUCAUCUGAUCCCGAAUAAGGAAGCAUCACAAAUCUGCCACCACGUGCGUAUCACACAGACAUAAAACCUUCACUGCCUGCUUUCAUGAUGCACCACACCAGCGUCUGGUCUCGGUUAGGCUGGUGUGCAUGAGGAGUGACACGGUUAACCUCUGCUGGGCUGGUGGAGGUGCUCCAGGAGCAGAGCCACCUCUUUGACAUGGCUCUUAAAUCAGCCGCAAGGUUUUGUGCCUCUCUCAAGUGAUUGCAGAUGACAGGGUUGAGUUCCCUCUUACUGUGUGUCUGUUGUACUCGAGUUACUGCGGGCAGCACUUGGUAGGAAUGUCUGGAAACUGUGCAACUCCUGAAUUUGUUUUAAAACUGCAUCCAGUCUUCUCUGCAAUAAAGUACAUACUGUACAAAACAA